AUGGCCGCGUACGAUCUAGGGGCGCCUGUUAUGCUUGAUAUUAAACAAUCAAUCGGCCGUGUAGAAGGAGAACCUCCCUCGAAAAUGCGCCGGGGCGAAGGACCGAAGGUCGAAUUGAGGUUCCUAAUUUCUACCAAGGCCGCCGGCGUCAUCAUUGGGAAGGGUGGUGAAAAUAUACAAAAGAUACGGGAAGAGAUGCAAAAUAAUCGAGAUGAAGGCGUUGAUCUCAGAUUGCUAGUUCACCAAAGUCAAGCCGGAUGCAUCAUCGGACGAGGCGGCUACAAAAUUAAAGAACUGCGCGAGCAAUCUGGUCUACAAACACUCAAAGUGUAUCAAAUGCUUUGCCCAAAUUCUACGGAUCGUGUGAUUCAGCUUGUUGGUGACGUUGAAAAAGUGAUUGAUUGUCUUCAGUCAAUCGCGGAGUUGCUUGAGGGCGCUCCACCGAAAGGCUCUCGUCAGAACUACGAUGCAAGGGAUGUUGAUGAAUCCAUAGCUUCGGAGUAUGGUGGGUGGGGCGUCGGAAACCAGAAUGCUGGUUUAGGCAUGGUGCAGCGACGAAGCAAUCUCUCAAAUGCUACUUACGGACAAGGCAAUGUACUUGCGGCUGGAUUGUUUGGCGGUGCCGGUCCCGGAGCUAAUGUUGCCGGACGCUCAGGAGGCCAGGCAGCAGCCGUGACGCAGGCUUUGGCCGGCAGCUUACCUCAUGCAUCCGCAGCCGCGAUGCUAGCUGCAACAGGUGGUCAAACCGCCGGUGGGCCCAAUGCAGGACCAGCAGGCGAUGCAGCAGCGACAGCUGCUGCGAUGAUGGCAGCAGGCUUGAUGCGAGGGUAA